CGUGCUCGUCGCCGUCAGAGUGCUAGGAACCGAGUUCAGGAACAGUCGUCGUAGUCGUCACACAGCUGGGUUUUGUUUGUGGUCCCCCGUUUCAGUCCGGAACAGUUUAGUCCUCCAGUUAGUGGUGUGCAUAUUGCAAGUAUCGUGUUGUGUCCAAAGGGAGUUGCCGACCGUCGCGACGUUUCUAGUACGCGAGUGGGUUUUGUUGCAACCGCUCUAAAUAGUGUGGAUUGUGGAAGUCGAGUGUCGACGAGGUCGAGACUUCAAGAAGUGUUGCACAGCGCGCUGUACAGCUGGUGUUUGUGUGUUGCUGGUAAAUCAAGGUGGAAAGUCUUCGUUUUGUGUGGAGAGGGAAAAUCUGUUUCUCUGUGUGUUUUUUUGGGUGGAAAAUUAAGCUUUAUGCCGCGUGGAAAAGUUAUUGAUCCAGAAAAGGUCUUGCCUGGCACCCCGCUGCUGGUCGUCGUCAAGUCUGCUGCAAAAGUGGUCUGAUUCGCUGGUCUUGCGCCGAGUCUACUAGCUAGAAGUGCGAAUAGUGUUAGUGUACACAACUACUACCGACGACGUCGACGCACGUGUAUAUCGGGUACUCUGUGUGGAGAGCACAUUUCGACGAAGCACAUCGAAGAGAAGGUUGUUGUGUAAUUCUUUUCUUGGUGGUCAAUAGUGAAAAGCCGAUUCAGGGAAAUCGCAGCUCACUCACCAGCUUAGAAGAGGAGGAGAACACCGCUCAGUGAGGAGUUACUUUGAGGCGUAAAGCAGCGUAAACAACUACCAAAAGUAACAAUGCCCCAGUCCGACUACGUGUCGCUGACGACGGGGGGUGGCAACCCGCAGUCCGUGUACCAGUCGACGACGGAACCGCACGGCGCCUCCAAGUCGGUCAUGGAGACGGUCAAGCGCGUCAUCGGGACGGCCAUCGGGGCCCAGGACAAGCACGCCCUGAUCGAGCGGGACGCCCAACCUUACAUCAUCAGCAACAGUUUGGGAUCAAGCAUUAUUAAUUUCAGGGACCGCACCGGAAAGGGAGCCCACCCGAACAACGCCAGAAUGCCAUCCGCACCAGCUCACACUGCCGAGGAAGCGCGCCUGUUGGGAGCCAUGCCCGUGGACCCAAUGGACGACAUCGAGCUGCGCUCCGUUCAGCUGCAGUACCCGAACCAGCGGGGAUCGAUCGUUGGCCAGUGUGACCUGCGGCGCGUCCCCACGGACAAGGGCGACAUCCUCGUGGCGGUCCAGGGCGAUACAACGAAACCGGCCAUCGUGACGUACCACGAUCUGGGACUCAACUAUGCAUCGAGCUUUGCCGGAUUCUUCAACUUCCCGUCGAUGCGUUCGCUGUUGGACAACUUUUGCGUGUACCACGUGAACGCCCCCGGCCAGGAGGAAGGCGCCCCCACCUUCCCGGAAGAAUACGUGUACCCGACGUUCGACGAGCUGGGUGCCCAGAUGCUGUUCGUGAUGUCACACUUUAACCUGAAGUCCAUCAUCGGGCUGGGCGUCGGUGCUGGGGCCAACAUCUUGGCCCGGUUCGCCCUGGCCAACCCGGAUAAGGUUGGCGCCCUCUGCCUAAUCAACUGCAGCUCGACCCAGGCCGGCUGGAUCGAGUGGGGCUACCAGCUGCUGAACACGCGCAAUCUCCGCUCCAAGGGCAUGACCCAGGGAGUGCUGGACUAUCUGAUGUGGCACCACUUUGGCCGGAAUCCGGAGGAGCGCAACUUGGAUCUGGUCCAGCUCUACAAAUCCAACUUUGAGCGCUCGAUAAACCCCGUCAACCUGGCCAUGCUGAUCGAUUCGUACAUCAAGCGUACCGACCUGAACAUUGCCCGGACGCCGUCCGGCUCACCCCAAACGACUGCAUCCCUGAAAAUGCCAGUGCUGAACAUUACCGGAGCACUUUCGCCACACAUCGACGACACGGUCACCUUCAACGGCAGGCUCGUCCCGGAGAAGACUAAUUGGAUGAAGAUCUCCGACUGCGGUCUCGUACUCGAGGAGCAACCGGGCAAGCUGGCCGAGGCGUUCCGAUUGUUCCUGCAGGGUGAAGGCUAUGCACCAACAUUUUCACCGCAUGCUAAAAACCAUACUACAACAACUAACUACAACAUCAACAACGUCAACAACAACAACAACAACAACAACGUCAACAACAAUCAAGAGUUCGACAAGCUGAACGGAAACGGAGCCGGAAGUGGCGGUGGUGGUGGUGGAGGCGGAGGUUGCGUUGUCAGCGGAGCAGCAACAUCGGACAACGGAAAUCUGCCGGUGAGUGCGACGACCGGGGCCGCCAUCCGGAUAACCGAGAAUCCGCUGCCCGAGAACGUGGCGUGCUAGAAACGAUACAUAUCGGGUCCGGACGACGACGACGGGGGUCACGCCGGCCGUGUUGUUGUCCGCCGGAAGAAGAAACAAUGUAACGAGGAAGAAGACGAGGAGGUGUGGACGAACCGUCGCUAUCGGGUAGAGAAAGUGCUGUUGAAUGCUAUAUUUUCGAUACAAAUUUAAGAGUGAAGAGAAAGGAAAUUCUAGAAGAGAUCAUGCUAACUGAAAAAAUAAAGUUCAAGGCAAGCUACGAACAUUCAACCAGCCUAAUCGAAUUCAUCGUGAGCGCUAGUAUGAUGUUGACGCUAGUCGACGCUAGAGCGCGCGUCGUCGUGCACAGGAAAAUUGAGCUACUUGUAGUCGAAUGGUGGAGCCACGUGGUUGUGGUGGCUCGUAGCAUGCUUUGAACUGUGUUUCAUCAAAUCGCAGCAAUAAAAAGGAACUGGAAGCUGCUUAUUUUUCCCCUAUUUGACUGUAGAAUGACGGUAAAGUGACUGGCAAAGAAUUGGAAACAGUUGUUUGAUUACGUUUGUUUCAAAACAAUUAACACAACUGUAUGAUUUUUGGAGUCUAUUAACUUUUAAUUUAAUAAACACUUUCAUUUCAGAAUGUACUCCAAUAUUUAUUUAAACAAAAUACUGUAAAUCCAUGUGGAAAUAAUUGAACAGUUCUUGUGUUAAUAUUUUCUUUAACGGUACACAUCAACCAGAGCUUUUGCACCCAAAUUUUUGUUACAGACAUUUUAGUAUCUUCAAAACUACGGGAACUAUCGUUAUAAUGUUUUUUCGUCCCCCAAAUUACUGUCUUCAAAGUUAUUUACAACAAAGUUUGACUUUUUUUACAAUCAAAUUCUUGCAAGAUUAGGUCCGUAAGAUUGACAAAUUUGGAAUAAAAAGACAUCAACUUCCUUGGUUGUUGUGCACCCUUAAGCAACAGCUUUGGAAAUUUUGACGUUUUCAUUUACAAUUAUUGAUUGAUGAAAAAUCUUGGAGAUGCAAUAAUACAGAAAAUUUAAUUUAAUCAAAUCAGAUUUGACAAUUUUUACUAAGACUUUUUGAAAUAGUUGUUUAUGAAACAUUCAACAGUAAAAUAGGAAAAAAUACCCUAUUUUGGACCCAAGCAGCAGAACUCUAGAUUAAUUUUUCAAAUGGUCCUAUCUGCAUAGGAAACCCAUGACGGAUAGAUUGCUUUGAAAAUUUAAUCUAGAAUUACUGUGAUUUCAUCAUUUUCUGAAAUUUUUUAGUGAUUGUUCGUACACGCAAAAUGCGACACUCGUUACGGUAUGAAGAAAGCCAAAUAUUGUAAAUCUAAAACACUCAUGGAAGAUUUAUACGUGAUGAAUUUAUAUAGAAAACACAUUUUUUCUGAAAAUCGACAUUUUCACCGAUACAAGAUUUUGGGUGAAAAGCAAGUUCUUACGUUCAAAUCUCCCAUGGAUAUUUUCGAUUUAUUAUAUUUUGCUUCUGUCAUACCGUGCCGUUAGACGGUGCGUCAAAUGACAUAUCUGGAGUUUCAAUAAACCAAAUUUUUCUUUUUUUGCUAUUUGGGUGUUUUUAAUACACCCUGAUCAAGGCGGUUUCAAAAACACUCAAAAAAUAAAAAAGUGGAAAUUUGGAUUAUUGGACCUUCUUUAAAAAACACCAGAUGUAUAGAUUACUCUUUCGGAACAACCAAUGCGCCAUGUGUACAUUGGACCUUUUGAAAGAAUGAGCUAAAUACAGUAGUUGUUCGGUAGCUUGGCGUUGUUUAACCGGGCUGCUUUUUAACUGAGCGCUCGAUAACAAUAGCAGACAAAAGUAAAAACACUAAACAAACCGAAUUGGCAUUCAUAAGCUAAACCACAUGCGACACCUAGUGUUGAGUAGCAGAACAGAGCGAAGAAUGUCGAUUGAAAUUUCCGCCCUUUGAGGUUAUGUAUGCGAAUUCUGAUUUGUUAAAUUCCAGCGUUCAAAACAACUUUUGAGCAAAAAUUCGAACUGGUACUUUGUUAACUUUUGAUGCUCUAUCAUUUUAAACAAUAUUAUUUUUUCAAAAAAAAAAUAUUUUUUUCAAUUUUUUUUAUUGCGUUAAUUUAUAGAGGGCAAAAAGUUUACACUCGUACUACUUGAAUUUUUUCUCAAAAGUUGUUCUAAGAGCUGUAAAUUCAAUUUUUAGUUUGCAUUCCUAUGUAACCGAACAGCGAAAAUUUGAAUCGUCAUUCUUCGAUGCAUUGCGCCAUCUGUCGGAAUUUUUGAGCUUUUAAUCGCGAAUUGACCGAGGGGUUAAUGGAUGUCAAAAGCUUGUUCAAUAAUAAAAAAACACUUUUUUCAGACUUUUAUUUAUUUUCAAGUCACAAUGAAAGAAAUAUUAAAAGCAAGCAUUGUAAAUAAAUUUGAGUAACUUUUAUUUUUAUAUUUUAUCAGGAAAAUAUUAUGCACCGGUGGUCUGCUCGUUAUUUUUCGUUCAGCCCAGUUAGCGAGCAGCAUUCGAUUACUGAAGCUACGUUCUCAGCCCAGUUACUGAACAAGUACUGUAGACAGCUUUCAAGCCAGAAAUUUACCAACACAUUCAAGGUAUGUUUACAUGGCAACUUAGUGUUUGUUUGCAUCAGAUUUCCUAUCUCUUUCUAACUGUUUUUUUUUUUGACUGACUGCUCGAUAUGGCAGCGAAUAUAUUUCGCCGGGCUUUGACAGCUCGAGUUCAAUCAUUGUUUGCAUCAGGGCACUGUGACGAGAAGUUCGUCAUUUUUGUGAUAAAUUAUGUAUUUUAACUGGGCUGGGUACUGAAAUGUCAUUAUUAGAGUUUAAGACAUUUUUUGAAAUAUUAAUUUGACCCAAUUCAACAGACAUCGCAGAAUUUUUGAAAAUAUUACCAUUUUAAAAUUAGUGGUAGAAUCAAUUAUCUCACACGGUGUUAGAUUUUGGGUUCUAAAUUGAGUAAUCGAUACUCCACAAUAGGUCCAACUUUUUCACCUAUUUAUCACUGUCAUGAGCAUAAAAUAAGCUACAAAAUCAGCCGCAAAUGGCAUGUUUUGGUUUAACUGUUCUUGAGAACAAGCAAAAAUAAGGUGGAUCUUUGCAUAGUUGGUCCAAAAAAAGGGACAUCUACCCUAACUAUCAAAAGGAUGUUGGAGCAUUCAAAACUGACAAUUGCGCUUGUUUAUUUGUUGGGAAACAGAAGUUACAGAAAUUACGAUAUAAGGCCAUCAACAAUAACAAAAAUCUUUGCACAUCUGCACAUUGUCGUAUCAAUGUUUGACCUUGAAUAAACUAAAAAUAGAACACGCAAUGUAAAAAAUAACAAACAAGUUUUGUUUGGUUGACCAUUCUGUGCAUUGUCCCGAAGUUUGGUUAAAUUUGGUUGUCGAAGUCCCGAGUCAGAGUUAGUGUCAAACGAAUUCUGACCUGAAAUCCCUUUGACCAGUUGUCGCACUUACAUCAACUUUUAGGGUGUGUCAAGAUAGCAAUACAAAAUUUAAACUUCUUUCAUACGAAGAGUGAAAACAAUGCACGGAGAUUUUUCGGUUUUUUUUAUUGAAUAUCUCAGGAUUGAAAUCGAACUUUGGGGAUCUGUGAAGAUCAAAAGGUGAGGCACUGAGAGCUGCACAAAAUGGCGUUCUCAACUCAAUUUGGCCAGAAAUCGACGUGCGGCAAUAUACCACUGCAACGAUGACAUGCUCAAUUCGAGGAAAAGCAGAUUUUUUGGUUCUCCAGAAACAAGUGCACGCAGAAAAAUACUUCAAUUUGUCUAGUUUUAUCAAUGAAAACAAUUCUCUCGCCUGCUUUAAUUGAACUUUUAUUCACGCAUACAUUUUGUGGUAAAUUUUAAUUGUUUGACUUUUUUUUGCCAGUCACUUUCCGACUAAAGUAUUUGAGUUAAAAAAACGGCAAUAUUAAAAUGUCUUGUACCAUAAAAAUAGAAAACUCAAGGGCGUGAAAAGCCGAUUGACUCUUCUUGCAAAACCAAAAAGCACCAAAGAUUGAACGUAUGCAAACUUGUAAAGUGGCAAAGUGCAACCAAAGAAGAUUGAUGGCAGGAAAAAUAUGACUGAAGGUUUAUAUCAUUACUUUAAAACAAAAAAAAUCAAGCAAGAAUCUAAAAAGUGUGAAAAGUGGCUAGCAUGUCUGAUAUGCUGACAUAUUCCAAAGUUGAGAAAAAAAGUUUCAAGUCAAACUUGAGAUCAUCGUUUGAGCUUUCGACGCCGACGGUUACUGUUUCUGUGAGGAAAGAUGCAUAUCUUUAAAACGAAAAUAACUUAACAAACAAAGAAACUAACGGAAAAAUAAACAACAACAGUUUAACUUUAUUUAACCCAAAAAAAAGUUAGAACAAUGCCUACUCGAAGCAAAGCAAAAAAUAAAAACAGAAAGUACACCUAGACAACAGCACUUCGAUUCAAUUUAAAUGCAAAUUGCUUAAGAACGAUCGCGUGCGCGGGAAAAGAGCACUACCAACCUCCACUGACACAAACACUCACUACCACACACCAACACUAGUUAAAGGCCGACAAAAUCGUUUGCGGGAUGAGGAGACAGAUUGUUUAAACAGUUCAAUUAAAUCAACUACCUUUAAUCAAACACACACUCUCACACCCUCUUACAACUAAUUCUCACGUAACGAUUAACUUACCAGUAACGAUUAGCACCUGUUGUUUUGAGGAGUGACACUAUGUGAUUCACGAAAAAAGAAAAAAGUUCGCGUUAGUGAAGUAAAACUGUUUCAAUUAUCGAUUGUUGCGAGCCCCCUCCCCCCCUCCCCUCUUAGUGAAACCAACUUUUGUGUAUCUGACUAAACUGCCAUAAAACAAGCAUGACGACCAGAAACCGGAAACAAUGUGUGCGUAAAUCUAAUCGAAAAUCAAUAGCAACUUGUUGUACACUCGACUAGCUUAGUUUUAAAGAAUGAAAAAAUACCAACUUUUGCCUGUGUUGUUAAGCUUGAUUAACCCUAAACUUAAGUUGUAAGAAAAACGCAAUAAAAUCUAAGUAAAGCAAGCGAGCGGCUUAAUAGGUUUCUGCAAACAAACACGAAAACAAACUAAAAACACGAGUAAUUUGCAUUCAAAUCAAAUUGUAAAGUGUGUGAACAGUAUGGAAGGGAAUCGAUCGGCAGGAUUCAGCGAAAACACGACAAACAAAGAACGAAAAAAAAAAACUGACAGAUAAGAUCUGGAACAGUGGAACCACAAAAAAGUUGUUGACUAGUUAGUGUUGGGUAAGUUAAAUAUAUAUUAAAAUUGACUAGAGAUGA